AUGACCCAAACAACAUGUCAGAAUAUCAGCCAGCUACCUCUACCCAAAGCGAUAGGCGAUAAAAAACCCGAGUUCGAGCUUCCAAUGUUCCUUCUAGCAGCGUACCGGAGAAAGGGCGGACACACAAGGGAACCUGGGUACUUGGUGUUCACGGAUCUAACCCCCAACAGGAAUACUACGGUAGCUGGAGGAAUAUUAAAGUCAGAUAAAGUACCUACUGAAUUUCGCAUCAUAGACGGCAUGAUGGAUGGUUUUUUAAAUAUAGACGAAGUAUUCACCGUCAAUGUUCUGUGUGCAAAGUUUCCGAAAGUGGUUGGUCUUCUUCAGCAGAAGGCUCCUCAAAUCAUUGACCAGUACGACUUCCAUGACAAAGACAAAUGCAAUAUGACACUGGAGGGAUUGGUGGCUCUAGUAAAAUUCACCCUCAAAAAAUACGACGGGUACAUAGAAGCGACCUAUACAAGUAUCAGGAUCAUUGACCUGGAAAAUGCCCCACUUUGGUUUCCUCAAGGCGACCUCAGACUACAAGAGCUCUUGAACAGAUUCAAUACUAGGUCCUAUAUUGGUGUGGUUGAGAAACUAAAGGAGAAUUUGGACAUGAAGCCUACGAGUUUGCGAAGGCAAGUCAAGACGGAAAAAGUGCUGCCUGAAACGCCAAAGAUCGACGGCCCGGAAGUGCUGGGAAGCCGCAGCUUUUGUUCGGUCAAAAUGUAA